AUGAGGGAAAACAAAAUAACUCACCAUCCGCCCCGCCCCGCCCCGCCCCGCUGCUCCUUUCCCCACCCCGGGCAUGGUGCAGCAGGGCCGGCCCUGAGCCAGAUUUGCCCGCAUCUCCCGAGGGGGCUGCCGUACAUCACCUGGAGGGAAGGGUCAGGGCGAGACUUGGUCCUGAAGUUCAGCUGUUCCCCAGAGAGACAUGUUCUGGGAUUGAGGACCAGGGCCGCGCUGGCCUCAGCGCACCAGUGCCACCCCCUGCCCCGGACGCUGAGUGUUCUCAAGAGCACGCCGCAGGUGCGGGGCAUGCACACCAUCAUCAGGGACAAGGAGACCAGCCGUGAUGAAUUCAUCUUCUACUCCAAGAGGCUGAUGCGGCUGCUCAUUGAGCACGCGCUCUCCUUCCUGCCCUUCCAGGACUGCGUCGUGCAGACCCCGCAGGGGCAGGACUACGCGGGCAAGUGCUAUGCGGGGAAGCAGAUCACUGGCGUGUCCAUCCUGCGUGCGGGUGAGACCAUGGAGCCGGCGCUGCGGGCUGUGUGCAAAGACGUGCGCAUUGGCACCAUCCUCAUCCAGACCAACCAGCUCACCGGGGAGCCCGAGCUCCACUACCUGCGGCUGCCCAAGGACAUCAGUGACGACCACGUGAUCCUGAUGGACUGCACGGUGUCCACGGGCGCGGCAGCCAUGAUGGCUGUGCGUGUGCUCCUGGACCAUGAUGUUCCGGAGGACAAGAUCUUCCUGCUGUCGCUGCUCAUGGCCGAGAUGGGUGUUCACUCGGUGGCCUACGCAUUCCCACGAGUGAGGAUCAUCACCACGGCAGUGGACAAGCGUGUCAAUGACCUGUUCCGCAUCAUCCCAGGCAUUGGUAACUUCGGUGACCGCUACUUUGGGACGGACGCGGCACCUGACGGCAGCGAUGAGGAGGAAGUGGCCUCCACAAGCUAGCUGCCCGCCCUGAGCCUUCCUGCUCUUGCCGCCACCCAGCUUCUUCCUGCCUCAUGGCCUUGCUUACAGACAUGUCCUAACUUAUUUUAAUUAAGAAGGGUAUGACGGCUGUAACUUACUCUAUACAUUUUAUAAAAUAAAGUUUGGGAAAAUGAA